AUGGGUGCAGUCACCUCCCUCCCUCCUCUUGAUGGCGCCAUCCUAGAGAUCACCAACCACCGUCACCUCACAGUAAACCCUGGAGACAGAGAUCCUCAAACAGCAAACCCUGGAGACAGAGAUCCUCAAACAGUGAACCCUGGAGACAGAGAUCCUCAAACAGCAAACCCUGGAGACAGAGAUCCUCAAACAGCAAACCCUGGAGACAGAGAUCCUCAAACAGUGAACCCUGGAGACAGAGAUCCUCAAACAGCAAACCCUGGAGACAGAGAUCCUCAAACAGUGAACCCUGGAGACAGAGAUCCUCAAACAGUGAACCCUGGAGACAGAGAUCCUCAAACAGUGAACCCUGGAGACAGAGAUCCUCAAACAGUGAACCCUGCAAUACUGUCAUCCCACGUCUUAAGACGAAAACUCUAG